AUGGAAAGUUCAAAUAACUAUAAUAUUAAUAUACUCGAUUUAUCUGAUGAAAUGUUACUUGCCAUUUUGAAUAAGUUGAAUAUGGUCGAUGUAAUCUAUUCAUUAGUGGAUGUUAAUAAACGAUUUAAUCGAUUAAUACUUGAUCCUUUUUAUAUUCAUAAUCUUGAUUUGACUGUUAAACACUCAUUACUUCAACGAGUUUCUCCAUUAGAUAUGCAAAAGAUUGAUACAAUUUGUAAAAAAAUCUUACCAAAAAUUCAUCAUCAUAUAUACAAACUUACUGUUCCAUCAUAUUUAAUUGAAUCUAUUAUUAAUAUUGAUUAUCCUCAACUUCAAUCUUUAUCACUUGUCAAUUUUGAAGAACAAAAAUUAUUAAAAUAUUUAACAGGAGAAACUGUUUAUCGAUUAUUAACAAAUCAAAUUACACAUCUUAGUGUCGAUAUUGUUUAUGAUAAAAAUGAAUCAAAUAUAUUUUUAUUAAUAUUAUCUUCGGGAAAACAUUUAACUGAUCUGACGUUUCAUAAUCGAUUCUCAUCUGAACAUCUAGGAAAUCCAACUUUUGUUUUAUCAUCAAUUCAUAUAUCUUCAACUUUAAAUAAACUAAUUGUUAAUGUAACUACAUUUGAUGAUUGUCUUUAUCUUCUUGAUGGAACUCUUCAAUCUUUAACUGCGUUGAUUAUUGACAUAAUUAGCAUCUCCGAGUCAUCAUCAAUCAUAGAUAACACGAAAAAACUUCCUAAACUGAAACAAUUUUCAUUAACUUCGGAGCGUAUGACAUUUGCUUAUGAUGAGAAAGUUGUUCCAUUACUUCGUCGAAUGAUACAUAUCGAAGAUUUAACAUUAUUUCUGAAUGUAGGAAGACUCGGUUCUAUUAAUAUGGAUGAUUAUAUUAAUGCUUAUAUUGAUGGUACUCAUUUAUAUAACGAUGUUUUUGCUUUUAUGCCGCAACUUCACAGAUUUACUUUCAGUAUUAAUACUUGUGCUCCUAUCAGUAAUAUUGGGUUUCCAUCGAAUGAUGAUAUUGAGCAUAGUUUCAUUGAAAAAGGAAAUCGGCAUGUUGGUUCAUAUGUUCAUAAUAGAUUACCUAUACAGACUGGUCAAUGCCAUGUUUUUUCUCUUCCAUAUCAAUUCGACACUUAUCUUCUGAUGAGAUGCAAUUCUUUUCAAGGUGGUUUAUUCAAUAAAGUUCGAUCAAUGAAAAUGUUUGAUUCAUAUCCAUUUGAACAUGAUUUAUUUGAAAAGAUCUCUCAACAUUUUCCUUUUCUCCGAAACUUAACUUUGGAUAAUGAAGCUGGACAAGACAAUAAACAACAUUCAUCUACAUUGAUUACAUUUCCAUAUCUUGAACAUCUGAAUAUUAUGUUUGCGGAUGCUGAUUAUGGUGAACAAUUUCUCUUUGAAAAAAAUACUCGUUUACCUCGUUUGUUGGAACUUCACAUUAGUUAUGAUACAUUAACAAUGAUCACAAACAAUUUUACCAAUGAUUUAGCACGUGUCAAUUGUUCGAAAAUAAGACAUAUUGUUACAAAAGAAUUAUAUGUUCCUCCUAAAGAUUUUCAUUUGUAUUUUCCUUU